AUGAGUUGGUACAGUAGAGAAAUCAUGUAAUUAUGCCUAUAAAUGGCAAAAAUAUCGAGCCCUCUGAUGUGAACAAGCAUGAGUUUUCCGUUCUGGACACAUUGCGACGGUGUUCAACGUUAACGUGGGUUUGCCCUUGAUUAGUCGUCCCUUGGUUGAUUGCUUUGAGGGUGGUGUGUAGAGAAAGGUUUUUUCCUUUUAUUUUGAUUCGUUUUCCCAGCACACUUGCACUUCACAAGGGCGCAUAAUCCUCCCCUCCCCUUGCCACUGUCUUCCUCCUCGCCUCUCUUCUUUCCCACCUGCCCUUCCUCGCUGUCCAUCUCCCUUCUCGGGGCUUCCCGGACUGCCUCUUCGCCCCUUUGCCUGCAUGGCAACGGAUCCGAAUCGUCCGCCUUCCUCCGUCGGCGCUCAGCAGCAAGCUGCCCAACCACCACACUUCCUUGCUGCCACUCCCCACUUUGACCAUUCUUCCAUCUACGCUACUGCCGUCUCUGCCCCGGGGGGCCCUCCGCAUCCUUCUCAGCAGCCCAUGUCAUCCCAGCAGCAACCUACCCAACCUACCAUAUGGAAUCAGCUCCAACUUCAACGCACUCAUCAAGCUAGCCACCCAAACUCUGCCCCUCAGACUGGUCAACCGCCUCAACAGUCGGCUCAGAAUGGCCCAUCCCCGACCCCCUUCAUUCCAACCUCGCAAGUGCGCAACCACAACUCACGCCCCAACACAUGGCAUGGAUUCAACAACAACGUCAGCAGCAGCAACAGCAGCAGCAGCAGCAUCAUCAACAACAACAACAAGCUGCAUUCGCUGCCGCUGGGCAACAACAACAGCCACCUCAAUCACAGCAGGGACAAGUACCGCCCCCUCAACAGCCACAAGCUCAGCAGCCCCAGCAGGCCCCCGGAUUUGUGCCUCCCGUUCGAGCCUCGCAGCAUUUUCUCCAGAUACAAGAUCAGCUGAACAGGGGGUUGCUGCCCCCCGAAGUUGCUGCUCAAGUGAGUCAUCAUUUCCCUUUCCCCUCUCCUUCCCUCCGCACCUGUUUCAUUGCGGAGAGGAUGAUGGAUGGUGAUGUUGCAUGGACGCAUCGGGAGUCAUCGCAUCUCCGUUAGCACCCACGGAACUCCGGACCCGUGUUACAAUUUGGUGUUGCCCCCUGAUUCAUCUCGACCGA